AUGGUUAUCAGAAAGCGCUGUCUCCUCUGGGACUGGACAAACACCAAGAACUGUCCUCAGAUGAUAGACAAGGUCGAUUUUAAGGGCCCCUUCCACUCAGUAUCCAACUGGAACACUUGGUAUCCAACCGAACUCAAGCAUCGUGCCCCAUUCCGACCAAUGGUUCGCCUGGAAGCGCAGCUCUCCGGUCAAGACUGGCAAAAUAUCCUCAAUUCCAACGAAACCGUCAUCCACUACUUCAACGAACCCGAGCGCGCUGGCAUCUCCGCGCAGCACGCUGCUGAUCUGUGGCAUAAACAGAUGGUCCCUCUCCGUCGGACCAAGGGCAAAAAGCUCGUCAGCCCCAGUUGCUCAAAUGAUGAGGCCGGUCAAGCCUGGAUCGCUGACUUUAUGCACCGUGUGAAGGACAAUGGACCCGAUUAUUUGGGCCUCCAUUACUAUGGCACGAAAGGCAGCGAGGCAAUUGCCUUCAUUCAGUCGAUGCACAAGAAGUUCCCAAAGCAGAAAGUUAUCAUAAGUGAGAUUGCUUGCAUCUCCCGCAACUAUAAAGAGGUGUUGGACUUCACGGUUCAUGUGACGAAUUGGUUGGACCAGCAGGAUUGGGUGGCUGAAUAUGCCUGGUUUGGCUGUAUGCAGCACCCUGCAGAUGGUUUCGUCAGUCCGCAAGCACAAUUGAUGAAUCCAGAUGGAAGUUUCAAGGAGUUGAUGAAGAAGCUCAUGACGGAGCAGCCAAUGAAGUCGUAG